AUGUCUCUCUUUAGAUCGCUACAACAUCAGCCGCGCGUCAUAACGCUAUUCACGCACGAUGUCGCUAGCAAGCCCAGUGUGCUUAUCAUGCAGCAAUUGCGAGGCGACCAGUCGGACAAAUUCAACAUCGAGGUGCACACCAAGUUCCCCACACUGGACCAGCUGCAAUACAUGCAGGGGAUCAACAGUGCGGCACUGCAGGCCCAAGUGGCUACCCUCUCCGAACUCAUGCGCAGAGACAGCUCGUACGAAACUUUCGGCAAAGACCUGAAAGAAUGCGCCAAGUCCGGCAUCUGGAACCCGCGGACUUCGCUAUGGGUGGACUGGGAGAAAAAACGAAUGGGCAAUGACGCUAGCAGCGUCAAGGCGUUACUCGAAAAGCUAUAG